UGAUUUAUUUAGGGUUUUCGAAUUUUACCUGCCGUCCGUCAAGUAAGAACCCUCCUUCCUCUCUAUAUUUUUUACAUCUGCUUUUUCAAUAUACAUGACGAUAACCGUAGCAUUACUACCCGCCGCCCAAAGGAAGAGGAAGAGGUCCGCAGCAUCACUGCACGCCGCCCAAAGGAGGCAGAAGGUGCUUCGUCCUCCUCCUCCAGUUGAUAUUGAUAAUAAUUUAAUAGAAUUUGAGAAGAAGAAGGCUGAUCAUCCGUCAAUUGAUAUCGAUAAUAGUAUAAUCGAAUAUGAGAUCUUACCAAGACUUCCAGCCAAGUCCGUAGGUCGUUUCAAGUCCGUUUCCAAACAAUGGAAUUCGUUUUUAUCCACACAUAUGUUUGGAAAGAUGCACCACCUCCGUCACAUUAACAACAAAACAUAUAAGCUUUUGAUACUUGACAAGCCCCUUGUAGAUUUAUGCAGCCAACCCCUCAACAACGGUUCCGUCACCGUCGGUUUUAACCGGCUCGAAGAAGCCGAUCCUAGAUUUGAUUCGCUUUUAGGAAGUUUGGAUGGGUUGGUAUGUGUAGCCUCCACCGAAACCGUCAAUAGUCUAGCUUUAUGGAACCCGUUCACCGGUGCCUACUACAAGUUGCCCCCUAACCCAAGCUUUACUCGUCCCUUUAAUUCUUAUAAAGAUUUCCGUUAUCGUGGUCGAGAUGUCGUUGGUUUUUAUUCCGACUCUUCCAAUGACUAUAAGCUACUAUAUAUGAUUCCUUUGGAUCAAGAGGCUUAUAUCUAUUCCCAAAGACUGAAUUCAUGGAGAAAGAUUGAAUUCCUGAUCGACCGGUACUCGUUCUUGCGUCACUAUAGGUGGUCGCGGGCAACCUUCUGUGACCACAGUCUUUACUUUUCGGUAAAGGAUCUAGGACCAGUUAAACAUCCAUACAUUAUUUGUUUUGAUGUGAACACGGAAGAAUUCAGGGUAAUACAAUUUCCACCUCUUCCAAGUGGUGCAAGAUGUAUGUAUCAUGCAAAUUUCGUGGGUAUCGAUGGAUGCAUUCACUUGUGUGCAGCUUAUUAUAUAGGUUGUCCGAGACCCUUUAAUGGAAUUGUGUGGAAGUUGAAUGGUGAUGGCGCGACGUGGGCGGAGGUGGCAUUUUACCCAGGCACUCAUCAAGAGAAUAAUUUCGCCGACCCAGUUGAGCACGCCACAUGCGUGACUAGGAAUGCCCGGGAUACUUGGCUUGCGAUUUCGGAUGGUGGUUGGGCCAAAUCCAAUUUUGAAGUUGGUCCUAACUCUGACCCUUUUGAAAUAAUGAGUAUGGAGGAAUUCACAUUAACACCACAGGUGUUGCCGAUGUGGACAUAUAGCCGAAUCAUAUAUGAUGAGACCCUUGUGUCCCCCUAUCCUCCCCCUCCGUAUGGUGACAUGGUUGGGCAUAGCAAUGAUGUUGAGGCUACUGUUGUGGCCUGCAAGCUGUAAAUGUCCAUUUAUUUAGUUUUAAUGUACCAACUGCUGUAAUUAAACUUAUUUGGCUUUGCUGUUAUUGUUAUCAAUCUCCACCUGGUGUUUUCCAAA